ACGGAGAUGGGCCCAUACACCUACCGAGCGUACUUCGAAAAUUUUGGCGUUGAGUUUGACUACGCUGGGAUGAUGUCAUAUAGGGGAUAUACAAAGUACAUCUUCCAGCCAGACCUCAGCCCUGGCGUUGCUGAGAACGAUACUGUUGUCACCCUCAACCUGCCAUUUCUUGGGGCACUUAUUGAACUCAAGGCCAGGUACAAGCACUUCCAUUGGCUCAUGGACAGGAUCUCCUAUUUAAUCGAGAGAUGGGGCCAGGGCAAGGCGAUGGGCUUGUUCAUGAGCCGAAGAGUGGAGGAGCUGCUGUGGGGCUAUCUGGAUCCUCUCCUCUACAGGCUGCAGGACUACGUCGAUGUGAAUCCAGAGUUCUCUUUGAUGCACAAUGGGAGCGUCGAUGUGGCAUUGUCGGAUGAGCUAACAGUCAUAAACACAGGAGCUGCCAACCUGACUGCAUUGUGCAAUAUCGAGCAGCUGAGAGGUGUCUCGAAUGUGUCAUCUUGGAACAACCACACAGAGAUGGUCCGAGGAACAGACGGGGCUCACUUCCACCCAUGGAUGGCGGACAAUGAGACCAUGACUGUGUGGGUCAACGAACUCUUCCGGGCCGUGGAAUUGUCACCCAUUGGUUCCGUGGAAAAGGACGGAGUCAGGCUCCUCAGAUACGAGUUGGACCCAUCCAUGGCCAAUGCGGACCCCCGAUUCUAUCAAUACGUUGAAGGCCUGUUCAAUGCAACUAGCCCCACAGUGGCAGGCCCCAAUGGACCCUCGGACCAGCAUGGCCUGCCAGUGUACUUCUCAUUGCCACACUACUGCCACGCUGCAUCCAAUCUGGCAGAGGGCGUGAAUGGCCUGAAAUGCAACUUGACACGGCAUGAGCUGUACAUCGACGUGGAGCCAGUGACAGGCCAGACGUGGCGUGCAGCCAAGCGCCUCAUGAUGAGCUCCGAGUUUGGUCCAGAUUUCAAGAGUGUGGAUGCACACCUCAACCGAACCAUACUUCCCAUUUUCUGGAUAGAGGAAUCUGGAGAGGCCUCAGCAGCGCAAGCCGAAGUCCUGAACGACCGAGUGUUCAAGAUUCAGAGGUUGAUACAAAUGUCCGGACAGUUGCCAAUCAUGUUGGCCAUACUGCUCGGUACAAUCCUGCUGUUUAUUACAAUUGCCCCAUUUGUGGCACGAAAGAAACGAUGGCGACCAAAGAUGGUGCGGGGAGGCCAGGCACUUGCGCAAAAUGGCGCCCACACAGAGCCAGGCACAUCUGACGACCUAGAGGCACCCCUGAUCCAACGAAGGAAUGGCACAGCCAGCCAGCCACUGCCGCCCUCCCUAGAUGGCAGCCCAUCGAACGGGAAGCUCCCCUUUCAGAAGGCGAUGAACUAA